AUGACUCAUGGUAUCAAUUAUAAUAUAAUUGUUUAGUACUUUAUUUUGGAAAGAUUUUCGCAAAUCUGCAGACUGAAAACCUAAGGAGUCAAUAAUAAAUGUAUGAAAUUGGUAUAAACAGAAAAGAUUAACGAGAGUUUGUUUACCAGAGAAUGUGUUUUCGAAUGACUAAACAAAAUAGAACAAAGGAGGUGAAUAAUAAGUUGCAUUUGUAAAGGUGAUUUGCAAAGAGAACAUGGUGUUUUUACUUGAUCGUAUACUUUGUGUAUAGAAUUAGAUAAAUCUGAAAUGUGGGCAUUUGGUGCAUCUAAUGAGGGAUAAUUAGGUUUACGUAUAGCUGGUCUAGUGUAUCCAGUAAAUAUAUCAUAAGUGAUGGAUACAAAAAUAAAAUAUGUAACAGCAACUUAGAACUUUGUAUCAGUGUACACUAUGAAAAAUAGACUAUAUGUUUGGGGGAAAACAGAUGAAUUGAAUUUUGGAGAUUGUACAAAAUAAAAGAAAGUAGAGUUUAGUAAGACUAUAGAUAGAAGGUAUGAAUUCUAGUGUUAUGAAAUUUCAACAUUGAUUUAAGGGAAUGGAAUAUAAGAAAAAAAAAAUGAAUUAUAACAAAUGCAAUCAAGUUUAAAUAAACUAUAUUUAUUAACUAAUCAAAGUUUAUACUUGAUAUCUAAUUAAGUAAUAUAGGUUAUGUAAAAUUUCAUUGGUUUAGCAUGUAAUUAGAAUCAUGUAUUGGCUUGGGAUAUUGAAGGAAGAGUAUGGAGUUGGGGUUCAUAAUCAGAUGGUAAAUUAGGAUAUAUGAAUUUUGAAUAAUCAGAAUAAAUAUAACCAAAGAUGGUUGAGAAUUUGACAAAUAGGAUUAUUUAAUGUGCUUGUGGAUUAAAUUAUAGUAUAGCAUUAGAUGUAAAAGGAGAUAUUUAUGGAUGGGGAAAAGGUCCAUUUAAAAUUGAAUUAUUGAAAGCAACUUAACCUACUAAACUUAUAGAAAAAAAUAAAUCAUUUGUAAAAGUAAUAGCAGGUGAUGAUCAUUUUGGUGCAUUAGAUAUGAUUGGUCAAUUAUAUGUUUGGGGUUUAAAUAAUAACAAUUGUUUAGGAUAAAUGGAUGAAGAAGUAUAGAAACCAACACCUUUUGAAUUGAGUGGACUCAAAGUUAUUGAUGUAAGUAUGGGACCUACUUGUACAGUUCUUAUUGUUCCAUCUGGUAGAUUAUAGAAAUUACCAAAUCUUAAUUUAGAUUCCUUUACUAGUUAAUAAAAGAAAUGUUUUAUAGAAGAAGCAAGUUUGAUUAGAGAUUUUACUGAAAGAAGAAAUAGAUAAACUUUAAUGUAAAUGCUAACUCCUAGUCAGAAUAAAUAAUUAAAUAAACCAGAUGAUAAAGAAUAUGACAAAGCCAAUGAAUUAAUACAUAGAAUGUAAUUGAAAUUGGAUUCACCUAGAAUUAAACCAACAUUUAAUUCUACUCAUAUUUCUAAUUCUCUAUUCAGUAAUAAUGAACUUUCUAAUAGAACUAUGAGAUCUCCUAUUUCUUUUGAUAAUGUUUAAAGUAAAUUACAUAAAUUAGAAAAUAAUAAUCCUCUUUAUUUACCUAUUCUACCUAGAUUUCAAAUGACUUAAAUCUUAAAAGAAGAUGAAAUCAAUCUGGACUUUCUUAUAUAAACAGAUGAUGAUGAACUUAAAUAUCGUUAUAUAUAAUUAGUAAAAGAUAAUUCAGAGGAUUAAGUACUUAUGUAAUUAUUAGAUGAAUAAAAUAUUAAAAAAAAUCAUACUAUUUAAACUGCCAGAAAUUAAGUCAAAACAUUUAAAUAAUAAAGUGAACCUAAAAUUAUCAAAUUUAAUGAUAAAUAUGAUAAAUUAGAUCCUAAUUUACUUGAAAAUGUUAAAAAAGAAUUAGCUGAAAUUAGUAAAGAAAGAUGGAAAUAAUAUUUAAAAAAAAGAAAAAUUAGAGAAAACAAAAUUAAUAUGUUAAAAACUAAAUUUUAAAUGACAAAAUUAGAAUAAAUGUCUAAAGAAGAAUAAAUUGAAUCAAAUCGUUUAUAAGCUGUUGAAAAAAAUGUUAAAGUUUAAUACACUAUUUUAAGAAAAGAAGAGAGACUUAAAACUAAAUUAGAAGGACUUUAAUAAUAAUUACAUGAAAAUUCUACUGAAUUUUAAAUCAAAAAGAAAACUGAAAUGAAAAAAGAAGUUGCUAAAUUCUUUGCUUUCUUAUAAUUAUUAUAGUAUUUUAAUUUUGAAGCAUGUUGUCAAAUGUUUGAAGAAGCUGCCUAUCGUGGUUUAUAGAAAAAAAGAUUAUUAUUCUAAGCAAAUAAUAAAGCAAAGAUUAUUCAAAAAGCUGUAAGAAGAAGAAAUAUUAUUAAAAUGAUUAACAAUAAUUUAGGAGAAAAACCAAAAAAAAUUCUACUCUCCUUUAUCUUUCGUAUUAGAAUGUCCAUCAGAAUCAAAAAAAGAAGAGCUUUACUAAGAAAAUUAAAUCUAUUUUAAUAAAAAAAUUAAUUAUUUCUUAAAGUUCGUAUAAGUUUAAACAUUAUGAUGAAAUCUACAAAAAAUAUUCAAUCAUUUUGUAAAUAUUACAAUCAAACUAUUAAAAUUUAAUUAAGUUACUUAAAUUAUAAAUGGGAUGAAUAUUUAAAAUAAGAAUUUAAAGGCCUUAUUAUUGAUAAAGAUAAAGAAGACUAAAAAUUAAAUCAAUUAUAAUUUCUUAAUGAAAAAUAAAUACAAAUUAUGAAAUAAUUAUCUUAUCCUUAUAAAUCUAAUAAAUAACUUAUUAAGGAAUUGUUACUCAAUAAAAAACCUAAAUUUAAAGUUGAUAUACUUAGAAUCAAUAUAUUAAAAAGAAUUCCAGGGUUUCAAUCUUAAGAAGAUGAAAUUAAAGAUAGAGAAAUCAGAACUAAUUUUAAUACUGUUUUAUUACCAUAUACUAAAUAUGUUGAAAACAUAAUUAUUCCCUAAAAUUAUAGAAUUAGAUUUGAUUAUUAAGAAAUAUAAUUAUUAAAUGUGCUUGAUAAAGUCAAUCUAGAAGAAGCUAAACUUAAAAUGGAAUUAUUGUAAACAUAUCAGAGGAUUUAAAGAAAAGAUUACAUUCAAUAAUGUAGAAAUGUAUAUAUAUAAUAAUUCUUUCUCUUAGUAUUUUUAAGCACUUUGUGAUUUUAAAUAAAAGAAUAAGGUUUUAAUAGGAACUGAAAGAAUUAAAAUGAUGACUAAAUUGGGUUCAGAUGAAGUUAAGUAAUUGAAAUAGAAGGAUGAACUUGAGUAUAGAAUUAUAGCAUAAAAACGAGAGAUUAAUAUGAAAAGAAGUAAAAUAAAAUUAUAUAGUUUUUAGUAAGAAUAUUUGAUAGUGCUCUUAAAGAGAAUAUUUUUGAGAAAAUAAAAGCAUUUCAAUAAGAUAACUAUCCCUUUUAAUUAUUAACUUAUAAAUUAGUUGUAGCUUAUAGUAAAAUUGAACCUCCUAAAUUAACAAUGGAACUUAGCUAUAAAGAAUGGGUUCGCUUAUUUAAGAACUAUCAUACAGAUUUUAAAAUUAGAUUACAAUCAAUAAUGAGUGAAGCCAGAAGAGCAGCUGCCUAUAAAGCAAAAUAAAUUAAAAGAUCUACAACUAUCAAAUCAAAGUCUAUCCAAUCUAAAAAGGCAAUUGAUAUAGUUUGA